UUUCUGGAACUCGUUCUUCCAGUUCUGGACAAGACACAGGACACACAACCAGCACCCGCCCAACAGCCGGGAACCCAUCGGCAUAAGGGUUCUGCUCUAGCAAGGAGCGUCAGAGCAGUGGAUUGCAAGGCAGAGGAUGCAGUACUAAGCAGCGUCCAGAUCAGAGAAAUAGUUUGGAGUGUCUUUCCCAACCCCCUGCAGCAAAGUCAUCUUAGAUGCCAUCGACGUCCAUUGCAAUGUUCUCCUCACAUUUCAUCUGCCAAGAUGCAGCCCUGACCUUCGUGUUUCCGCAAGCCCAUUACACAUUCGUACAUGAAUUUGAUCCCUAAAACAUCAAUAAUGAGAAAGACAUGUACUCAAUCGCACA